AUAAAACAAACAAAAGCCCCAGAUUCUCAUUCAUGAUUCAUUCAUCUCUAACAAUUAUUCACCGGCAAAACCCAAAUUCUUUUCUCUCUCUCUCUCUCACUUCUCCGGCGAUACUCGCCGGAAUCUGAUCGGAAAACUUAUCCAAGAAUCACAUACACUGUAAAGGGUAUCUGAAAGUAUCUUCAUUUUGUUCAUUAAUUCAUUACAUUGAUCAAUUCAAGAACAAAAAAUAAAAGAAGCCAUUUUCAAGAUUUAGUUUCUUGAUUUCAAGUUUGAAGCUUUUUAACAUUUAACAAAUAUCCACAUUACCAAAUCCAAUACCCACUUGUUAUAUUGUCUUUUAGUCAUUUUUUUGGGAUCAAAAUAUAAAUACAGUGAAAAAAUGGAAUCAAGAAAAUAGAGAUAAUGGUGGUGUUGUUGAUAUUAGAAAAAAUAGUACAAUGUGUUGUAGUAGAUUAGUUGAAAGUAAUGAAAAGAAGGAGCAGUUGAAGAAAUUGAAUGAAAAAAUGGGUGGUUGUGUAACAACAUUUACAAGUGUUAGUGGAGAAGGUAAUAAAGGAGAUAAAUCAAUGGUUUUGUCACAACCAAAAAUGAUAAUGUGGAUGACAAGGGGAAUGACAAGUUUGUUGCUAUGGAUAUGUGUUGUUCAGUUAUUGACUGUUGGUGAAGUUUGGGGUCCAAGAUUGUUGAAAACUUGGCCUUCUUGUUAUACACCUUCUCCUUCACAUAUUACUAAUACUAAUAAUAUCCAUUCUUCUUCUUUUUUGGAAUCUAAAGUUUCUCUUCCUCCUAAAAGGGUUUACAAGAACAAUGGUUAUCUAAUAGUAUCUUGCAACGGCGGGCUAAAUCAAAUGCGAGCAGCAAUCUGCGACAUGGUUGCGGUUGCUAGAUACUUAAAUGUGACACUCAUUGUUCCAGAAUUGGAUAAGUCAUCAUUUUGGGCUGAUCCAAGUGACUUUGAAGAUAUUUUUGAUGUUGAUCAUUUCAUCACAUCCUUGAGAGACGAGGUUCGUAUAUUGAAAGAGCUUCCCCCGAGGCUUAAAAGAAGAGUUGAACUUGGAAAAUUUCAUUCUUUAGCACCGAUUAGUUGGUCUGACAUUUCAUAUUAUCAUAAUCAGAUUCUUCCUCUUAUCCGGAAGUAUAAAGUUGUACACUUGAACAGAACCGAUGCUCGACUUGCCAACAAUGGGCUCUCUUUAGAUAUUCAAAAACUUCGUUGUCGAGUAAAUUUCAGUGGUUUGAGAUUCACUUCACAGAUUGAGGAAUUAGGUAGAAAAGUGGUAAACAUCCUAAGGAAAACCGGGCCUUUUUUAGUUCUUCACCUUAGAUAUGAAAUGGAUAUGUUGGCUUUCUCGGGCUGCACACAAGGCUGCAACAGUGAUGAAGUAGAAGAAUUGACUAGAAUGAGAUAUGCUUAUCCAUGGUGGAAAGAGAAAGAAAUUGAUUCUGAUCUUAAAAGAAAAGAAGGGUUGUGUCCCAUGACACCGGAAGAAACUGCUCUGAUUUUGCGUGCAUUGAGAAUCAAUCGUAAUAUUCAAAUUUAUAUUGCUGCGGGUGAAAUCUAUGGUGGUGAAAGACGCAUGGCUAGUUUAGCUGCAGAGUUCCCAAAUUUGGUGCGAAAGGAGAGUCUCCUGGAUCCUUUGGAGCUUGGGUUCUUUCAAAACCAUUCGUCACAGAUGGCUGCACUUGAUUACUACGUCUCUUUAGAAAGCGAUAUUUUUGUCCCAACGUAUGACGGAAACAUGGCUCGAGUAGUUGAGGGUCAUAGAAGACAUUUAGGGUUUAAGAAGACAAUUCGGCUUGACAGAAAGGUCUUGAUUGACUUGAUAGAUCGAUACAGUGAAGGGUCAAUGAACUGGGAUGAAUUUUCAAACAUAGUCCAAGAAGUCCAUGCCGAUCGAAUGGGACGCCCAAGACGGCGAAUGACGAUUUCUGAUCGGCCAAAGGAAGAAGAAUACUUCUAUGCAAAUCCAUACGAGUGCCUGGAUUCAUGAAAAGAUUAACAUGAUCUACCACUGAUUCUUACUGUGAUAGUUGCAUAUUCUGUUUAAUUGUAUACUUACAGUAAAUACAUUUUCUUGCACCAAAUGCAUCCAUCAUGUCCAUAAUUGAAAUGGAUACAAGAGAGGAUUUGGGGGCAUGUACCAUCCAUUUCUUUGAGAGUAUUUGAAUAUAUAUAUAUAUAUAUAUAGUAUACAUAUAAAGUUUCUAGCUUUAACAGUGUCAUAUUGUAAUACAAGCAUUUUAAUAUAGCAUUCUUGAAAUUUUGAUC